AUGGCAAGCAAUACAACCAAUGUUGCGCAAAGCAUGCAAGGAUCUUCACUUUCACAAUUUUUUACAACACUUAUAGUCUCGGCAGUAGUUGCUGUUGUUGAAAUUAUUAUAUUUAUUAUUGUUAGAACAAUAUUCAAACGUAUUUAUGAACCAAAAACAUAUAUUGGAGAUGAAAAUCGACGUGUCGAACCUUUACCUAAAACACCUUGGGGUUGGUUACCUGCUUUAUUAAAAAUGCCUCAAGAAGAACUUAUUCGUACUUCUGGUCUUGAUGCGUACUUUUUUGCGCGCUAUCUCUAUAUUCAUGCGUUCUUUUUUCUGAGUUCAUUCGUUCUUGUAGGAAUCGUUUUAUUUCCUAUAUAUACCGUUGACGGAAAAGGUGAAGCUUAUGGUAAGAAAGGACUCGAUAUAUUAACUUUUGGCAAUAUUUUACCCAGUAAUUCUUCUCGUUACAUCGCUCCUUUAGUACUCGGCUAUGUUUUUAUUGGUAUAUAUCUCUACAUUUUAUACAUAGAAAUGAAAAUUUUUGUUAGAAAACGUCAAACACUCCUAAGAAGUCCUGCGUAUCAGUCUCGUGCCAGUGCAACAACUAUUCUCGUAACUGCAAUACCUAAACCGUACAUGUCACAAGAUAUUCUCUUUCGAAUUUUUAAUCAAUUACCCGGUGGAGUAAAACAUAUUUGGUUGAAUCGAGAUCUCGAAGAUCUUCCUGAUAAAGCAAAGGAACGUACGAAAUUAGUAGACAAACUUGAGGCAAUCGAAUGUAAAUUGAUCAAAACUGCAUUAAAAACCGAGGCAAAACGUCACAAAAAAAAUGCGGAUACAAAAGUAUAUCCUAUAGUAAUUGGAGAAGAUGCUAUGGAUAGAUAUAUUCCGGAGAAAAAACGACCCACAAUGAAAAUUGGAUCUAUUCCAUUACUUUCUUCUCUAUGUUUUGGUAAAAAAGUUGAUGCACUUACACAUUGUAAAGAAACCAUUUCAAAAUUAAAUACUGAAAUCGAACAAGCAAAAACAACCCUAGAUAAUUAUGCAGCUAUAAAUUCUGCAUUCAUUCAAUUCAAUAAACCAAUAGCAGCUCAUCUGGCUGUUCAAAGUGUUGCCGCUUCGAUUCCUUUAGCAAUGACACCUCGUUAUAUCGAUAUAAAACCAACAAAUAUCGUUUGGUCAAAUUUGAAAUUAACUUACUACGAACAGAAAAUUAGAGAAAUCGCCGUGUUUGCAGCAACUGCUGUUCUCAUUGUCUUUUGGGCAAUUCCUGUUGCUUUCGUUGGUAUUCUGUCUAAUAUAACUUAUCUUACAGAAAAAUUGACAUUUCUUCAAUUCCUGAACGACAUACCGAGCGUUGUUCUAGGCUUAAUAACUGGUCUUCUACCAACUAUUCUCUUAUCAAUUUUGAUGGCAUUACUUCCUAUUAUACUAAGAUUAUUUGCAAAAACAACGGGAAUUCCAACUACCGACGCAAUCGAUCGUUAUGUACAAGGAUCUUACUUUGUUUUUCAAGUUGCUCAUGCUUUUCUAUUCGUCACUAUUUCCAGUAGUGUUUCAAGUGUUAUAGUUAUGAUUAUUCAAAAUCCGUCGAGUGCUGCAAUCAUUCUUGCUGCUAAUAUUCCAACUGCUAGCAAUUUUUUCUUUAGCUUUCUGGCAUUACAAGGAUUGACUAUGGCACCAAGUCUUUUAUUACAAAUUGCUACGCUCAUUUUAUUUUAUCUUUUGGGUAAAUUAUUUGAUAAUACACCGAGAAAAAAAUGGAAACGAUAUUUUACACUAAGUAGUCUCAAUUGGGGUACGAUAUUUCCUGUUUUUACAAAUUUUAUCGUCAUCACGCUCGUUUAUUCGAUCAUUGCACCAUUAAUGCUUCUCAUUUCUGGAUUAGCAUUUGGUUUAUUCUAUAUUGCUUAUGCUUACACAAUGUUUUAUGUUACUGACUUUCCCAAUGAUGCUGGUGGUCUCGCGUUUCCAAGAGCUAUUUAUCAAUCGUUUACAGGCAUUUAUCUUAUGGAAAUUAUGCUUGCAACAUUAUUCUUUCUCGCACAAAAUGAUUCCGGUUCACAAUCAGCUAUUGUUGAAGCUAUUUUCAUGUGUGUAUCUAUCGCUAUUACAGUUGCUGUACAGUAUACGAUGUGUACUAGCUUCGAUCCUCUUACCUAUUAUUUACCUAUUGAUGCAGAAGAAUUCUCACAACGGGAUAUCCCCGUUAGUGGAAAAUUUGGAAUAACGAAGAAAGUAACCAGAAUUCUGAACCAUCGUCAAUCAAUCAAUGACAGUGACAGUGUUAGCACUGUAGAUCAGGCUGUGAAUGAGGUAUAUGAUAAUACAAUGGAGAACGCAUAUUUACACCCGGCAUUACGAGAUCCUAAGCCUAUAAUUUGGAUUCCACGUGAUAAUUUAGGUAUUGCAGCAGAUGAAGUACAAAAAACUGAAGCUUCCGGCAUGAAUAUACUUAUGUCGACUGAAGGUGCACGAUUUAAUGACAAGAUAAAUAUAGAGAUUAACGGUGCACCACCUGAUCAUAUGCCAUUUACUGAAACGAAUCAGGUUCGAACUCGUUUUUAG